GGACAGAGGAGUUACUCGCGGAGUCCGAAGUUGGGCUGUGUUUUUGCAAGCAUGAUGUCCGUAUCUUGCAUUUUGGCGCUGGGGCUGUUUUCAUCUGCGCUGGGCACAGGUUUCCACGUGGGAGAAAAGCUGUCAGGCUUGACGAGGCUGCAGAGGGACUUUGGCGGUGAUGAGGAGCGACGUAGUUUAGAGAAGUCGGACCUCUGGAAACGCAGCGCAGGACUGAAUGAACCGACAUGUACAGGUCUGCCUGGAGUAGAGUCAACGCUGCACAACAACACCCAUUCUUUCACCUUCAAAGUGCGGAACAUGGGUUCAGUGUCUCUGGCCUGGGUGGGAGAUGGAUCAGGGGUGCUGCUGGUCUUGACGACCUUUCAGGUGCCAUUGUUCAUGAUGCGUUUCGGCCAGUCUAACCUCUACAGGAGUGAAGACUAUGGGAAGACGUUCAAAGAUGUGACUCACCUGAUCAACCACACCUUCAUCCAGAGUGAGUUUGGCAUCGCCAUCAGUCCUGACCACUCUGGCAAGGUGAUGCUCACUGGUGAUGUGUCAGAAAUCGGGGGGUUUAGACUGUUUCGCUCACAGGACUUUGGCAUGACCUUUGUUCCAACCGACCUGCCGUUUGAGCCCCUCAUUCAAAUGUUGUACAACCCUGGAGACGGCAACACACUUGUGACUCUCAGUAUCUCGUUGGACCUGUGGCUGUCUGAGGAUUUUGGCGCCACCUGGAGGAAGAUCCAUGACAGUGUUUGUUUGGUCAGAUGGGGCCCAAAAAACAGCAUCUACUUGACAACAAACUACAAUGGAUCGUGCAAUGAUAAAGGGAUGUUGGAGUUAAUCAAGACUACAGACUAUGGACGAAGCUUUCAUACUAUUGCAACAAGAGUUUACUCCUUUGUACUUGGAGGGCGCUUUGUUUUUGCUUCCAUCAUGACUGGCACGGUAUGUGGUACUGAGCGUAUGAUCCACGUGUCAGUGGAUGGUGGUGAAGUGUGGAACACGGCUCAGCUUCCUACGGUCAACCACGAGCAGUUCUACUCCAUCCUGACAGCCAAUCAGGACAUGAUAUUCAUGCACGUUGACGACCCAGGAGACUCCGGCGUUGGAACCAUCUAUGUGUCAGAUGACAGAGGAACCGUGUUCUCCAAGUCUCUGGAGCGCCAUCUUUAUACAACCACAGGAAGUGAAACUGACUUCACCGCUAUUACUUCACUCAGGGGCGUCUACAUGACCAGCAUACUCACAGAGGACGGUGCGGUGGAGACGGUGAUCACCUUUGACCAAGGAGCAAAAUGGCAGACACUGCGCAGACCACAGAACAGCCACUGUGACACUGAGACUUCUACUAACAGGCCUAACCGAUGCAGACUUCACAUCCAUGCCUCCUACAGCACCACCAUGAAGAUGAAUGUCCCCAUGCUGCCUCUAUCGCAGCCCACUGCUGUGGGCCUCAUUCUGGCCCAUGGCAGCGUUGGAGACACAGAGUCAGCUCUCUCCCCUGACGUGUAUGUGUCUGAUGACGGGGGCUACUCGUGGCUGUUGGCGCUCAAGGGCCCUCAUCAUUAUGCUAUACUGGACUCAGGAGGGCUACUGGUGGCCGUGGAGCACACUAACUCACCUGUCAACCAGAUCAAGUUUUCAACAGAUGAGGGGCAGUGCUGGCAUACGUAUAACUUCACCAGCGACCCGCUUCACUUCAGCGGUAUGGACAGUGAACCCGGCUCGCGCUCCAUGAACGUCAGCCUGUGGGGCUAUAGGAACGACUUCAGUAAAUGGGUGGUGAUCACCAUAGACUUCAGGAAGCUCCUCACCAGAGACUGUACUGAAGGGGACUAUGUACAGUGGUUGGCUCACUCUGCACACCCCAGUGGAUCUAAUGAUGGCUGUGUGCUGGGCUAUAAAGAGACCUUCUUACGCCUGAGGAAAGACUCUGUCUGCUGGAACGGGAGGGACUAUGCUGUCACUAAGAAGCUGUACCCCUGUCCAUGUACAGUGGAUGAUUAUCACUGUGACUUUGGAUAUUACCGGCCAGACAACAGCUCAGAGUGUGUAGAGCAGGAGGAGAUGAAGGGCCGUCCUCUGCAGUUCUGUUUAAAUGGGACCACCGAACAGCUACAGACCAGUGGCUACCGGAAGAUUCCAGGAGACCAGUGUGAAGGAGGUUUCCAGCCUGACAGGAAGGAGAAAGACCUGAGGCAGAUGUGCACCAGCAGCGCCCUUUAUCCGAAUUCUCUGACUGAAAGCAGUUCACCGAACACUGCUGUCAUAGUGAUGGUUGUCAUAGCGAUCCUUCUGAUGAGCGCGGUUGCAGGCGUUUGGCUGGUUAAGAAAUAUGUCUGUGGAGGACGGUUCCUUGUGCACCGAUACUCUGUUAUGAGGGAACAUGUUGAGGCUGAUAAAAUAGAAGGAGUCGAUGAUAUUGACUCUCACUACAUGGAGACAGGAAAAGCACAGUACAACGAAGACUCAGAUCAGGACCUCUUAGAAUAAGGUGGACAUUUUUCCCCACUCAAAGACUAAAUUUAACGCAGUCUAUCAUGAUGCCUGGGCGCUCCUGUUGCUCCCACAUGCUGAUUAACAUCUCCUUCUCACUUCUCCCUAUCCCCUGGUGGCUGGAGGACUCAGCAGCAACUUACAUUGCUUCCUUGUAUCAGUUGAGGCUCCUACAAAAAAUUAGUUUGGGGAGAUGGACAAACCCAGCACAGAACAGAAGAAAGCCUCUGGGGUCCCUGGAGAGCUUUUGUUGUACCUGUCACAAAGAGUUCUGUAAAGACCAGUGAGUCUGAAUAUGUGCUCUGUUGUGCUCUUUAUGUUUCCUUUCAUGCAGACCUGAGAAGAAAGAAAAAAGGAGGUCUUUCAUAUCGUGAUGCGCUGCAGAAGCACCGCACAGACGCAACGACUUAAAUAUACAGGCUUACAGAAAAUGCCAAACAACAGAACACACAAAAUAAUAAUCAGUAUUUUAGCUCCGAGCGUAUGUCUGCUGUCAAUUAAGUAGUUUUCUUACUCAUAAAUUUAAAACUUAAAAUACAGUCCUGUUCUGCAUGGCAGCCAUUUUGACAUUCAUUUUGCCAGUUUCACCAGCCACUAAAAUUUGACAUUUUUAAAGACUAGUCACUAUGAGUUACUUGCUAGUCACAAGUUCUUUACAAAUUGGUCAAGUCAAGUCACAUUUAUUCAUGUAGCACAGUUAAACACCACAGGAGUUGACCCAAAGUGCUUUCCAAAUACACAAUAUAAACAAACACAAGUACACAUUAAAAAAGUAAUAAGGAGUACGAGGUUAAGGUCAAAAGUAGUAAAAUUAGAAACUAAAAGAUAAUGAAAAAGACCAAAAACAAAUUAAAACGCUGUGAGAGGACGUUAAAAUAAUUAAGUGUGGGCCUGACGGAAAAAACAUUGAGAAACUAGCACUUUUUACUUUAAUAGCAGCUACUGAGAGCAGUAGUGCCUCUUUUUAAUGUCAGUGGUCACUUUUUUUUUGACCAGCAGUGUUUCUGUUUUUGCCAUACACAGUCUGGUUUUACAGGUUCAGAAUUUUAAUGGAAUCCCGUAAGGUGAUGCCCUUCAGAUAUGAAUCUUUCCGUACACUAUAAUUGCUUUUUAUAAGACAGCAAUAACUAAAUACUAUUAGUGAGGACUUUUCUUUCUUAUUUCAUGCCACUUUCACCAUUAAAAGUUGUUAAUAUCUAAUAAUUACUAAUAUUUUAACAGUCCAAUAUUAUAGUCAUAAAAGUCAACAAAUGUUAUUAUUAGUUUACACUGAUCAAUGAGUCGGGCUAAGAUGUAACAUAAAAAUUAGUACAAAUAGUUUUUAGAUAGUUGAUAUUGAAGAAGUUUUUAGUGAAAGCCUAAUUAGUGAUUACUAGUGCUUAUUUGAGACCAAUGUAUAACUAUUAUUAGCUACCAGAUAAAUUAUGUAAACUAAUAAGAACAACAAAAGAAGUCACCAAGCAAUAAACGCUAGUCUCACAUUUUUAGUGCCAUGUGAAACUUUUGAAAUAAAUGUUAAAGGACCUGCCAUUGUUGUGAAGAUAGAAAACAAUUUUUUUAUACACUGCAGCUUCAUACAACCAAUAUCUUCUGUAUGUGUGGGGAAAAUGAAAGACUUGAAUUAUUGCCAAAGCACUUUUAUUGUUUAGUUGUCUAAUUUUAGAGGUGAGGUUGUCGAGGCGAAACCUAACCUCAGCCCAGCAUUAUACGAGUAUGGCGGUAAUGCGUACCCAAACCCUUUACUUGAACUUUUAUUUGGCUGAUAUUUUCCCAUCAUAUCAGCCAAUACCAAUAUGCAUUUGUCUUAAUGAUCUCUGUGCAGGUGCAGGCAUAACUAUCAAGAUAAUCAAGUGGGUUUUUUUUUCUGUUAUGAAUAUGACAGCAGAAAUAAACAAAACAGUCAAAAAACAGCUGGUCCACAGUCAGCUAAAUAAUAAUAAUUAAUAGUACAAACUUUUCCAGAAUUAUACUGAUCCUGCCUUUGUAAAGCUACUAUUAGCCAGUAUUGAUAGUCUUACGAUAUAUUGAUGCAAUUCUGCAAUUCCUCAGAUUGAUUUUGUCUGGUGGUCUGGUAAACUUUUUUCAUUAAUUUGAGUUACAUUUCUCCCAGUUGACGAUUGUUUAGAUGAGAUAGAAUAGAAAAGAAUAAACUUUAUUGUCCAGCCGAGGCAGGAAAAUUGUCUUUGCUCUCAUCCAGGGUGAGAUGUUAGCUGGCUACCAUUUAUGUUACCUGCAGUGUAAGAACUUUAACUUUUGACAUGUGUAGGGCUUCUGGCCAAUUCUUGUUUCCUCCAGCAGAGUCAAUAAUAUCCCAGCAAAUAAGCUAUUGUAAUAAACUGGCUUGAUGUAGAGGCAUAUUCUCAAGGACUGUUGGGUGGACUUUAGUCAGAUAUGAAAGUAAAUUCAUGUGCUUGAUGCUUCUUUAUUUACACAAUUGUCAGUGAGAACAAACCAAGCUAUUUACUGGAAUAAAUGAUUUGUUUUUGCACUGUAUCUACAGAUCUGUGAAAAAUGUGCCUCCUUGUGCAUCUCAUUUUUGUAAAGUAUUAGGGCCAUGAGUUGUGAUCUUCAUUAAAACUAUUCUGUAGCACAGAUGUUUUAUAACAAUGUUUGCAUUUAUUAAACAAAAUAUCACACUCUCUUUUACAUCA